UGUUAAUUUUAUUUUGAAAAGUUAAUGUUAGCCUCUGUUAAUUAUAUAGCUUAUGGUCAGUCAUAAAAUUUGAUAUUCAAGGUGGUUUUCUUCACAAAAGGACAGUCAGUUUUAAACUGGAUUGUUCAAAAAUAUUAAAAAGAUGCUAGAAGUUAACUAAUUUGUCAUAAUUUUGGUUGUCUGAGAUUUUUAUGCUUUUCUUACCUUUUAAUUAUUUUACCUAAGCUUUCACUAUUUUUUGAGAGAAGGAGUAAUUUGCACUGCUGUAACUUAUCCACAAAUUUUCUUUCACAUAAUUAUUAAAAACCACACCAUCUAAUAAAACUGCACCCUCAAUAAACUUAUUUUAUCUACCUUCCCAAAUCCAGUCCAACAUCUAAUUUUCCCAUAAUCCAAAAUCCCACCCCAAAUACCCUUCUUCCUCCCACCCUCAUCCCUCUAAAUCCCACUUCCUUCACCCAUUUCCCCAAUGCCUCCUUCUUCUCAAAUAUUUCUAAAAUUUCAACGGGGUUUGCAUGUUGACUUAUAAUAUGUUUCUAAAAGUAAAUUAUUGCAAACAUUUAGCUUAGGAUACAUUGGAGAUUUUUAACCAAUAUUUUAUACAACUGAAUCCAACUAAAUUUGACUAUCUUUAGAACUUUUAAGGCAGAUAAGUAAAAACCCUUCUGAAAAAACUGAGACUGACCCUAAAAGAGGGACUAUUUCUAAAGAAUUCAGAAUAUCAAAAUAUGAUUGGAGCUUUAUUAGUAAAUAUCAGAUUUGAUGAAUUAUUUCCUGAUGACAAAUAAUUUUAUAUGAAUUUAAAUAGAGCCUUCUCCAGCUGCAGGCAGAACAUCAUUCAUUGUAAUCACUCAUUCUUUAGAAGUUAUUUCUGUUGUCCCUUCAGAAACAUCUUUCUUACAAGGUUUGAGAGUAAUGAUGUUAGGUUUCUUAUUUCAGAGACUCAACUAGUCUGACAAAAUUUCCUAUGACUCCAGUUCUUCAAUGAAGACUUCUGAUGAUGCAAACCUCCACUAUUUGAAAGACGAAUUCUCGCCUCUGGUCGAUAUUUAUUAUCAUACUCUUCUUCUGCGAUGUGAACUUCAUGAAUGAAUAUUUGGUUUUCGGAUUUUCUUUUUCUUUCUGAAACGCAUAAAUCAUUUCUCAUAGUGAAGUGGUUUCCUAAUGACUCCAUAAAUUGACCAAUUUCGCUCUUCUUAAUGCUUCCCUUAUCAUUCAUUAGCAAGCUUGUGUGUCACUUCCUGGUAGGACUAACAAGAUUUAAUACAGCUGGGGACUCAUUCGGGACAUCCCAGAGGUCAUAAUCCUCGUCUUUGCUCUAAAAAGACAUAUAAGUUCCCCAUGCAAACUUUUGGGGGAUAUUCAAAUGUGAACUUUUUAAUAAGACUUACGUUGCUCUUG